AGAGGUUAACCAACUUGCCCAAGGUCACCCAGCAGCCUGCGCGGGCCAGGGGCAACCCUCCGGCAGGGGAGGCGCCCGCGGCCAGCCCGGAGGUGCAAGGUCCCGGCAGCCGCAUCAGCGCCCACUCCGGCGUGCGCCCCGCCGCCGUCGCGGUAGCCGCUCCCGGGGUGGGGUGGGGGGGCACCGCCGGGGCUGGGGGCGUGGAACCCGCGCAGCCCUGCCCCGCUGGCCGGGGAGGAGGAUGAUGCGCGGCGCGCCCAGGACCCUGUGGGCACUGAGAUCCAACUCACACAUGCCUAUUUCCUGUAAUGGAUGAACUUGAUGCUAAUGUGAGUUCCAAGGAGGGUUUUGGGUCAGUGGAGAAGGUCGUGCUGCUCACGUUUCUGUCAGCGGUUAUCCUGAUGGCCAUCUUGGGGAACCUGCUGGUGAUGGUGGCUGUGUGCAGGGACAGGCAGCUCAGGAAGAUAAAAACCAAUUAUUUCAUUGUCUCUCUCGCCUUCGUGGAUCUGCUGGUUUCGGUGCUGGUGAUGCCCUUCGGUGCCAUUGAGCUGGUUCAAGACAUCUGGAUUUAUGGGGAGAUGUUUUGCCUUGUCCGGACAUCUCUAGAUGUCCUGCUCACGACGGCAUCAAUUUUUCACCUGUGCUGCAUUUCUCUGGAUCGGUAUUAUGCCAUCUGCUGCCAGCCUCUGGUCUAUAGGAACAAGAUGACCCCUCUGCGCAUCGCAUUAAUGCUGGGAGGCUGCUGGGUCAUCCCUAUGUUUAUCUCUUUCCUCCCUAUAAUGCAAGGCUGGAAUAAUAUUGGCAUCAUUGAUCUGGAAAGGAUACCCAAGCCAAGGCUGGGCCAGGAUUUGCAUGUGAUAGAAAAAAGGAAGUUCAACCAGAACUCUAACUCUACGUACUGUAUCUUCAUGGUCAACAAGCCCUACGCCAUCACCUGCUCUGUGGUGGCCUUCUACAUCCCGUUUCUCCUCAUGGUGCUGGCCUAUUACCGCAUCUACAUCACAGCGAAGGAGCACGCCCACCAGAUCCAGAUGUUACAACGGGCCGGGGCCUCCUCAGAAGGCAGGCCCCAGCCGGCUGACCAGCACAGCACUCAUCGAAUGAGGACAGAGACCAAAGCAGCCAAGACCCUGUGCAUUAUCAUGGGUUGCUUCUGCCUCUGCUGGGCGCCAUUCUUUGUCACCAAUAUCGUGGAUCCUUUCAUCGACUACACCGUUCCUGGGCAGGUGUGGACCGCUUUCCUCUGGCUUGGCUACAUCAACUCUGGGUUGAACCCCUUUCUCUACGCCUUCUUGAAUAAGUCUUUUAGACGUGCCUUCCUCAUCAUCCUCUGCUGUGACGAUGAGCGCUACCGAAGACCCUCCAUCUUGGGCCAGACUGUCCCCUGUUCAACCACAACCAUUAAUGGAUCCACACACGUGCUAAGGUACACAGUUCUGCACAGUGGACACCACCAGGAACUUGAGAAACUGCCCAUACACAAUGACCCAGAAUCCUUGGAAUCAUGCUUCUGAUUGAGAACAUGGCUCAUGAUUAAGCCAUUCAUUCCCAUUCGUGUCUGCAUGAACAGGACACCCUGGUAUCUCUCCUGACCCUCAUCACCACCCGUGAGGCACGAGGCAGUGGGGCCAAGGGCCCAGGGAAGGUACAUGGAGCACAGUGUGGGAAAGGACCCAAGGUCAGAAUAUGGAGGAUCUUGGAGUUGAGAAGGGACUUCAGGCAUCCCCAGAUCCAGCCUCCCAUCCAGUGCAGGAGUAGCAUCUUCCAUAGCAUUACUGGAAGUCUGGUCAGUCUCUGCUUGCACACCUCCAGGGGUAGGAGCUCACUACCUCCUACUGCAGUUCCUUCUAUUGUAGGGAAGUUUUAAUUGUAAGAAAGUUUUUCCCUUUCUUGGGACACAAUCCUAUCUCUGCUCCAUCUUGCAUCGGGGCCAAUGCAGUUAGCUCCCUAUCCCAUUUGAGAGCCCCUAGAUAUUGGGAGACGCUGAUCUGCCAUCUACACACCCUUUUAAGUCUUUUCUCCAUUCUGGCCACCUCCUGGACAUACUUUGGUGGGUGAAUUAAUCAAGGCUUUUGUAAUGAAAUCAAGUUGAUACCAAUGCCAAGAUGUCUGUCCAGAAGCACAAAAGAGCUGACAAGUGAAACGUCAGUAUUUUCCGGUUGAUAGAUAGGAACAUUUCUCUUUUUUCUUGGGGAUAGUUCUGGAAACUGCUCAGGUUUUGAUUUUGGAUCCAUUAUCCAAAGGCAUCUUUACUCUUCGUCUAAUUUCUCUAUGUGUUUAAAGAUGACAUUUUUCUCGUCGGCAUACCGGGUCUGAGGUCACGUGGAAUGAAUCUUGAUCCACUUUCCUUCCAUGACAUGGGAAAAGGAACGGCACCAUUACCGAGAACACUGCUGAAGGAUGGUCUUUGCCGAGGAAAUGAAGUUGCUCCAAUAAGACACAUUUCAGGGGCUUUCUGGGCCCUGUGCCAAGGCAGUGCUUGGCACAGGGCAGGCAUUUUGCUCACUGGGGCAAAGACAUAAUCACAGACCACUACUUUCUGGGGAAAAUUCACUGGCCCCCUGCCUGUGAAGCUUCUGGGGCACCAUUUUUCCGCAUCUUUUUAAGCAUCUCACUUCCUCCAAGCUCCUUAGGAGAUGCCGCCUUGAUCUCGAAGCUACCAGCAAAUCAUUUCGUCUUGGGGCGAAUUAUCUCCCCAGGUUGAAACUCUUGAGGGCAGAUUUUUUUCUGGUAGCCUUUCUUUUGACUGCUGAUAAAAAUGCUAUUUCGAAGAUGGAUUGCUGGUCCUUAGGGAUCCAGCCCAGCGAAAAGGCAAUAUGGGCGCUGGGUGGUGGGGGAGGUUACGAAAUAUAGAUGGGCCCAAAGUUUCUAGCCUCACCAGUUCUCCUUGCCCUUGUGUUUGAUCUGUUGACCCCACUUUCCUUCCUAAGUCAUCCCAGAAGUCACAAUUGCCUCCUUAUCACCUAUUUUAUCUGUGGAAGGAGAACCCACUGGCUCUCCCCCUUCUCUCUGUCCUCAGAAAUAAUGGGAAGGAUGAUCAGACACCCCACUUUUUGUACUGCAAGUCUCACAUCCCAGGAAUGCUCUCAGUUCCAGGCAAAGGAGGCCGGCUAGUCACCCCACAUAGGGGACCUUCCCAGAGAAGAUUAACAGGCCUCCUCAUAGCUGCAUUUUCUCUCUACACUUUUUCAUGGAAAAGGCAGAGCUGAGUGAAUUCAGGUGUCCAGUUCUUCCCAAGCUGUCUAAAUGAGGUCUCUGAUCUCAAAGCACAAAGAACUUCUUAGGGAACAGCUAAGAGAUCAUGAGAACCAGAUCAUCGUGAGGAGGAAUAGGUUAGUGCUUUGUGGCAACUGGUAAGCUUUUCUCUCUAAGUCGACAGUACCUGCUACUGCAUACGUAGACACAUACAAAUGAGCAUACAUCCAGUAGGAUUGGUUCCCUACGAAAUGCUUCUUUUCCCAGGAGCUUGGCAAGCUUAUCUGCUGGUGUAAACCAUGAUUUCUCGGUGGUAGGUCUACCAUAUUCAAUGGUAACUUGGAUUCAACAGGGACCCACAGAGGACAGCAUGCGUGGAAAAAUGAGAUCUUCCCAUAUCCAUCAUCUUCUGGACUCUCGGGACACGCUUCUGUGGGUCAGCACCUGAUUGGUGUCUGCAGAGGUCAUGAGCACCCUGGACCAGUGAAACAGUAGUGAUUGAGGAAAUGGAAGCCCUUGCCGUCGUCAAGAAGAUGGUGUCUUUUGCGGAGGUCUCUUCUUCGCUGUGGCUUUGGACUGGGGCUGGGAUGAUGUGGCGAUGCACCCAAUAGCCAUGUUGGAAGCUUAUAGGACAGGAGCAGAGGUGCUUUGUCUGGACAGCUGCCAGCCGGGCAUUUCUGAGAGGUCUGGCUUCCCAGAGUCCCAGUAAUAGAGCACGUGUAUGGAAGACUGAGAGGGAGGAGAUGUAGAGUUUGUCCAAGGAAGGAGGAGACUCAUUCCGCUGUCUUCUCUGAGAAGACCACCCUCUUCCAGGAAGCCCCAGGUGUCAAGAAGAAAUGCUUCCAGGGAGGGGGCAUACGCCUCGGGCCGCACCUGCCACAUCAGCCUGGACAAUCACAGCGGUGAAGGUUGCUGCCACCAGACAACCCCACAUGUGGGAUCGAGGGGCUACAGCUGUGCUUCUUCUUGACUCUCCAGCUCACAGGCCUGGGCAGGUAGAAGCCCUGAACUCCCCAUCCAGCUCCUGGUCGGCAGCUGGAAAGCAAAAGAGAUGCUCCAAACCAUCUUCUUCAACUGACCCCCAAGUAUGUGCUUGUGGACAAACCCGUUCUUCCUGAGAUUUCGCCUUCUCAUCUCACCCCCAUUUCCACUUCGCACUGCUCGCUUGCUCUGUCCUGGAGCGAGCUGCUGUCCACCUG